AUGUGGGAGAAUGGUGGUUAUUUAUCUGCCUCGAAGCUCCGCUUGAGCUCUUCACCGACGAUUUCAAAGCGUACGGGUGCCAAAAGGGGAAGUAAGAGAAAUCUGGCGCGGUCGUCAUGCCUGGUUGCAUAUAGGGGUAAUAGUGACUGGGAUGAUGGGGUGAGGUUCGGCCUCUUUCCUUUUGCUAUAGUCCCACACCCGUCUUUUGUCCCGCUUAUCGCGAAUGAUUGCACGUGUAUAUUGUGCAACUCUGGACGAGAAGAAUGUGAAAGAGGAAGGGUUAUAGCGAAAGGGACACUAAGACUGGAAGGGGCAAUGCCGAGGAAAGAAAAGGAUCAAUGGGGUGGUGGAGGCUGCCAGAAGGAAAUUGAGACCUACCGCUAUCUAUGCAACGUCCACACAACUCCCUCGAGGAGUUCCAAGGAUCAACCCAGGAGUUUAUCGGGACUCGAUGUAUUUAUCCCGGAGUCGGUAGCACACAAUGGUCUAUGGCUCAAUCUGAAUACCUGUUCGAGUGUUGAUUUUCGGGCAGAUGUAACUGCAGCUAUUGAGAAGUGGUAUAGCGUCGUCGAGGCGGUGGGGAUGUCGAAAAUGCAAUGUUCCCAAAGCUGA